UCGGAGGGUGCGCUUACAGGGGCAAGUGCAGCGCCUGAGUCGACCUGUGCCAACAAACAGCGCAUGAUAGUCAACGACUACCUCCAAGAUGUUGAGUGUUGUUUCCCGUACGCGGGAGGGGAAUUGAGACAUCGCGUCUCGUUCCUAGUGAGUGACGAACUCCCCAUGGAUAUGUUGUUAGGUAUGCACUACCUCUCUGUGGCGCAGCCCCAGUUUGACUGGGACCGAAAAGUGGUCAAACACACUUUGCCAGGUGGAGGGACCGCCAGAUUGCGCAAGUUCAAAGCUAGUAGUCUGAUCGAGUCCCACGGAUGCAUGUGUGCGGCCGCGUUCUACAAUUAUUAUAAGCAAAAUCAGGAGGAAGGUAUGCACCUAGUUUAUGUCUCUGUUGCAGGCGAGCCGGUGAAAAUGCCGCCGGAGAUAGAGGGAGUAAUUGCUAAGUACCCUGAUCUAUUUGAAGAGCCGACAGGGGUUGUUGACAGGGAGGUCGUCCACGCGAUAGAGAUUAUCCCAGGGUCCAGUAUCCCGAAGGGUAGGAUCUAUCGGAUGUCUCCAGGCGAGCUCAAUGAGCUUCGCCGACAACUCAAGGAACUCAUAGAAGGUUGGAUCCGACCGAGUGUUUCUCCUUACGAGUCUCCAGUACUAUUCGUACCUAAGAAGAAGGAGGGAACACUUAGGAUGUGCAUUGACUAUAGGGGCCUCAAUGCCAUCACUGUAAAGAACAGAGAGCCCCUACCUCGCAUCGACGAUUUGCUAGAUAGAGUGCAAGGGUGUCGGUACUUCAGUAAGAUAGAUCUGAAAUCAGGGUACCAUCAGAUUGCAAUCCGGCCCGAGGAUCAACAGAAAACCGCAUUUCAGACCAGGUACGGUCUGUACGAGUUUGUGGUGAUGCCUUUCGGUCUUUGCAAUGCUCCUGGCAUCUUUCAGCAUGCUAGGAAUCGGAUUUUUCAUGACUACUUGGAUAAGUUUGUCAUCGUGUACCUCGACGACAUACUUAUUUUUAGUAAAACUGUCGAGGAGCACGUUGCGCAUUUGGACAAAGUCCUGAGUCUUCUGCGACAGCACAAGUUCAAGAUCAACGGUGAGAAGUGCGAGUUUGACCGCACCCGUGUCUUGUACUUGGGUCUUGAGAUUUCCGCGGAAGGGUUGAAGCCCGAUGACGCGAAUGUGGCCAACAUUCGUGACUGGCCGCGUCCUCAAUCUGUGACUAAGAUGAGGUCUUAGGGCUGACCGGCUGCUAUCGCAACUUCGUGAAGAACUAUAGCAUAGUUGCCACCCCACAAGUGGUUAACGGGGACCCAGGUCGGUUAACCUUUUCU